ACGAGGCGAAGGAGAACGAGCACCAAAGAUCCUGAUGGCCCAAUGCCAAAAAGAAUAAGAAAAAAUCCGUCUGCCUCCACCAGCACCAGCACCAGUCUCACCAGUCUCACCAGUCCCAGGCUGCCAAUGAUACAUUAAUGGAGUCCGGGAAACGGUUGUUGCCAGCACUAGCUUGCGUAACUAUUACUUAACACUUUACUUCAACCUCUGUCGACUCUAUCCUGGAGUAUCCGGGGUUAGCCUUACCUUCCCCUGCCCCGACGACCUCCCCACGUUUGGGGAAUAUCCAGUUCAUUCUGGCAUGUUCGUUCCUCAACUUGCUCGCUGCUCCCACGCUCUCCGUCUUGGAGUAACUAUUGUACAAUGCACCCCAAGCAGCAUAGCGACCGAGGAGGGAGUAAAACUCCAAUAGCAUAGUGUGAUGGGGUUUUCUAUGUUGUUUGUUGGCACCAUAUUAAGCCCUAUUUUCUACUGAAUCCCCCUAAAUAAGUGUGCAACAAACUUGCUCUUAUUUUUCAUAUUAUAUAUAUAUUACGUGUUCCCCCCUGCCCAUACAUCUGAACCUCUCGAGGAAUAUUGCUGUUGCUGACGUGAAGGGUUAUUUUGCUUUGGCUGUUCCCCUUUAUUCCGCGUUUAAGGUAAAUUAUAUUUUUUGCAUAUAACGCCAUAGCGCUUGAUCACCCACAGCGUUUAUGAGAGAGUAGGUUGUUUUUGGGAUAUAGUUCAAGCAUUUCGUAGGGUACCUGGGGAGCAAAAGAGGUGUGUAUCGACAGAAGGACACGAAAUGCGAAGACAAGCCGCUUUCAAAACCGCGAGCGGCUGUUUCGUUUACCCUAGGCAUCAGACUGCUGUUAGGCCUCCUGCAUUGUUGUACCAUCAAAGGGUUAGAUACUCUCACCAUGGCCCGGCACAGCAGUCUGAGCCCCCACUGCCCGCAGCUGGAGGGCCAUCGGCAGCUCCUGGGUCGAUGAGACCAUAUGCUACCCUAAAUUCAUCAGUACCCUUUACAAACGCGCCAACAUCCCCUCCGCUUUCGAUCUUGCCCUUGUCCACGAUUAUGCGAUCCCUCUUAGUCACCACCAUCUCGUCUUCGCCUCUUCUCUUCUCCCCAUCCUUGGCUUUCCUGUCAGUCGUGGCAAACCCCGAGUCUACCUUCCUAAAUCCUGAUCGUAACCCUGUAUUGAAGCUGAUCAUGGAGCAGACGCUGUACGCUCAGUUCUGUGCAGGAGAGACACCGGCCCAGGUCAAGGUGAACAUCCAAAAAUUAAAGGAGCUCGGAUACUCAGGCGUCAUAUUGGGGUAUGCACGGGAAAUUGUGAUGAAUGAGAGUGAGAUCCGUGCGCUUGGUACAGCUAGCGAUGCAGCUGGAGGAGCAGAGAGCAAGGCUCAAGCCAUCGCCGAUAUAACAGCUUGGAAAGACGGGACCCUUGCCACUCUCGAUUUAGCAGACGAUGGAGAUUUCGUGGCCCUAAAAUUCACGGGAGCCGGGAAAGGAUCAGUCCAGCAACUGCUCCGCAGAUCAGCACCAUCGCCGGCCCUCAAGGAAGCGAUAAUUGAGAUCUGUGAGCGGGCUAAAGCCCGCAAUGUCAGAUUGUUGAUUGAUGCUGAGCAACAAGCUGUCCAACCUGCCAUUGACGACUGGACUAUCGAAUUCCAGCGAAUGUACAACAAGGGGCCGGACCAGCGAGCUGUGGUGUAUGGGACAUAUCAGGCAUAUCUCCGUUCUACCCCGGCAACUCUCUCACGGCAUAUCGCCAUCGCAGAGGCGGAGGGAUUCGUUCUGGGCGUCAAGCUCGUCCGGGGCGCAUAUCUAGGCACCGAGCCGCGCCAUUUAAUCUGGGAUACAAAGGUAGAAACCGAUAAUACAUACGACGGCAUCGCCGAGUCACUGAUUAAACGAGAGUACGGUGACGUCCUCAAGCCGCAUUCCCCUUCACCCCCACCCCCACCCCCAUCCCCAUCCCCAUCCCCAUCCCCAUCCCCAUCCACAUCCACAUCCACAGGCAGGACCACAUCCACUGGCCACCCUCCAUUCUCCAAAGUCAAUCUCGUCCUCGCCUCACACAACCGCGUCUCCGUCGAACGGGCUAGGAAGCUUCGAAAUCAGCAGCACCGCACAACGGGUUCGCACCAGAUUGAACUGGCCUAUGGGCAACUAUCAGGUAUGGCUGAUGAUAUCAGCUGCGAGCUGGUGCACGCGGCGAAGGCUGUUCGCGAGCAGCAGGCUGAAGGGGUAAUGGUGGAGGUGGAGGCGCCUAAGGCAUACAAGUACCUUGUGUGGGGCACAGUGAGUGAGUGCGCGCGAUAUUUGGUUCGAAGGGCGCAGGAGAAUAGAGAAGCGGCGUCCAGAACGGAGGAUACGCGGAAGGCCAUGGCGAAGGAGCUGCGGAGGAGAUUGGUGGGUGGGACGUAGGUGAUGAACCGACUGAGUGACUGCUUUUACUUUGGUUGGUUGAUUUAAGUGGAAAAAUUUUUCUUUGUGUCUUUCUUUUCUUCGCGGUUGGUUAAGACGGGAUAUUGGUGUCUUCGAUUUUUUGCCUUUCUGAGUUUCAUUAUUGCUCCUCCUAGAUGAUUGUAGGUGCAUGCAUACCUGUUCGGGAAAAGUGGAAUAUACACUGAACUUACUUCAAGGAAAAUUUUAACAGAUAUGAAUUAUUUUUUUUUCACUUGAUAUAGCUCCUUACCUCUACAUCUAGCAAACAGACAUUUCCACUUAUUUGCAUCCAGUUUCUUUUGUGUUCUCUUUUUUCAUCAAAGAGACGGUGGGCUCAAGAAAGAUAUAUUUGCAACAGGACAGUUCUGAUUUUUUUGGAAACAUCUAUCCACAAUAGCUUGAGUUCCAUUGAUAGGCGGUUAGUAUGUAGACAGUGUCAAAUGGACAAACAGAUGAAUCAAAGGAAGAAGAGAAGAAGAGAGAAAUAACAAUAAAACGGAAGCCUGGGUUAUGACGGUAGUUGGCUUUCAAGAGAUAAAACAAAGGGAAGAAGAGCUGUCAACCGUCAAGCUACAUUUAGCAGA